AUGACUAUCGCUGGACAAAAAGAUGAUAAGCUUGUACACAUGGUCAGAAUUUAUAUGACAGAGAACAAAGAAGAGACGAUAGACUGGGAAGAAGAGCCGCAGGAACCAUUCCCGCAGGACUGCUGUGGGCAAUCUUGUCGUCCAUGCGUCUUCGACAUACACCACGAAGAUGUCGUCCGCUGGGCCAAAGAGUGUGCAAAACGAAUACCACAUGAAGAAUCAACUCUCUACAGCCAUUUCUAUCACGAUGACUGCUUAGAAGAUGAUUCGAUUGAACUCGUUUUCUCCAGAAGUGAAUACAGACCGUUUGAGUUACUGGAUGUAAGACCUCUUUCACAUGACACAAACCUAUACAAGUUCGCUAUCUCUCAUGGAAAGCCAAAUCUACCACUUGGGAGUCAUCUUCGAACAAGGUAGAUAAUCCGAUAUAUAAUUCAGUGUUCGUAAUUCACCUUUUUAUUGCCAGAGAUAUUCACCAGAUUUGGGAUUGAAUGAUG